UUUGGUUGAUGGUUUAUAUAUGAUCCCUACAUAUAUAUAUAUAUAUAUAUAUAAAUGGAAAUUGAAAAUGGAGUUUGGAUUAAUGGGCCAUAAAAAUGGAAGGUUAGAUAUCGUGGGAAACCCGGAUGAGCCCACAGGGCUAGACUGAACCUUACCCAAACAAGUCAACCCAGUCCAACUUAGCCGUUGGCAACAUUCCUUUUUAUUAUUUUCCGGGAAGGCUCUGUCCAAAGAAAAGAAAGCCGCAGAAGAUAGAAAUGCAGAGAAAUGGAGUGAAGAAGCUGACUCAACGGACCUCCGCCGCAAUCAGAUUAACCCCUUCUAACGCUUUACUCUCUUCCUCUCCUGAUUUCCUCCAUCAUUCUAGAGAUCAUCGUAAAGCAUGUGAGGUUCUUGAAGCCUGCAAGCUUUCCUCAGAUUAUAAAACUGCAAGUGCAAUCCACACAAGAAUCUUUAAACUUGGGUAUGGGACUUACCCAUCUCUUGUAGCUACUUUGAUGUCAACUUAUUUGCAAUGUGAUCAUCUCGUUCUAGCUCAUCAACUGCUUGAUCAAGUUUUUCGUUCGGACUUUAAUGUGGUCAUUCUGAAUUUAGUCAUUGAACGUCUAAUGAAACUUGGAGAGUACGGUUUUGCAAAGAGGGUCUUUCGUAAAACGCCUGUUCGGGAUGUGAUGACAUGGAACUUAAUGAUUGGAGGAUAUGUUAGAAAUGCGUGCUUUGAAGAGGCAUUAAGCUUCUUUCGUGAGAUGCUUGGCUCAAAUGUGGAACCUGAUAAGUUUACAUUUGCAUCAGUUAUGACAGGGUGUGCAAGACUUGGAGCUUGUAAUCAUGCUUUGUGGGUGCAUGGUGUGAUGAAAGAGAAAGAAAUUGAACUGAAUGCCAUACUGAGUUCAGCACUAAUAGACAUGUACUCAAAGUGUGGUAGAAUUCAAACUGCAAAGGAAGUUUUUAAUAGUGUAGACCGCAGUGAUGUGUCUAUCUGGAAUGCAAUGAUCAAUGGGCUAGCAACUCAUGGGCUUCCUUUCGAUGCAAUUGCUGUGUUCUCAAAGAUGGAGGUGGAAAAUAUUUUACCUGAUUCAAUUACUUUUCUUGGAAUCUUAACUGCAUGCAGUCACUCUGGUUUGGUUAAAGAGGGUCGGAAAUACUUUAAUUUGAUGAGUAGCCAUUAUUCAAUUCAGCCGCAAAUUGAGCAUUACGGGGCGAUGGUGGACCUCUUUGGUCGAGCUGGCCAGCUAGAAGAGGCUUACGCCAUUAUUGAAGCAAUGCCUAUGGAGCCAGAUGUUGUUAUUUGGAGGGCACUUUUAAGCGCUUGUCGAACUUAUAGAAAACCAGAACUGGGUGAAGUUGCCAUUGCAAAUAUAUCACGUCUUAAGAGUGGUGAUUACGUCUUGCUGUCAAAUAUCUACUGCUCUCUGAAUAGAUGGGAAAGCGCUGAAGGAGUAAGAGAAAUGAUGAAAAAUAAGGGAAUUCGUAAAAUUAGAGGAAGGAGUUGGAUUGAGUUGGGAGGAGUCAUUCACCGCUUCAAGGCAGGUGAUAGAUCUCACCCUGAAAUGGAGGGAUUAUACAAAGUGUUGGAAGGGCUGAUAAAACGGACAAAGUUGGAAGGGUUUCUUCCUGAAACUGAAUUGGUUUUAAUGGAUAUCUCUGAAGAGGAAAAGGAAGGAAAUUUGAAUCAUCACAGUGAGAAGUUGGCAUUGGCCUAUGGAAUCCUAAAAACUAGUCCUGGCACUGAAAUUAUGAUAUCAAAAAACCUCCGGAUCUGUCUUGAUUGCCACAAUUGGAUAAAAAUGGUUUCAAAGCUAUUAAUCAGGGUGAUUAUUAUUAGGGAUCGAAUUCGUUUUCAUCGGUUUGAAGGUGGCAUAUGUUCUUGUGAAGACUAUUGGUAGCUAAUUUAUUUGCUCUUUAAAGUUGUGUUUUUAUUGUUGAAGGCAUUUUAUAAACCAAGGUAGCAGAAUUAGUGUAUUCCCUGGUGCCUGUAAACAUCGGGGAGCUGAUUGGCCAGGAUUGAGGGUUCUACUAGAAAGAAGUACUUAUUCUGACUUUUUUUUGCUAGGUAUGUCUCCAUCCAAUGAAGAUUGGGGUGUCUUGGAGGCACUCUUAAAAUUGGUGGAGUUAUUUGUGCUUAAUGGGGCAAGUAUUCUUUGUUUGUUGCUGUCAAAGCAGUAUCCUAUCUUCUGUCUUCCUCCAUUGCCUACAAAAGUAGGGGAAAAGAAACAAGUAUUCAUAUGAAGCCAAUCAAUUGUAAUAUUAACUCAGUGAUGGACAUGAGUUAGUAUUAGUCAUAUAACUCAUAUAGUUUGGAAGAGCAUCAAACUUAAUAGAUAGCUGGUACCAUGCUUGUCAUCUUAUACUCUGCAAUUUGCAGCAUCUGGGGAAUCAGCUGAAUUUUCAGAAGGUUUUUAUGUAUCUGUGGACAUAAUGACCAUCGUUCUGGCAACCGGGUAUUUCUUCACCUUGUCUCAACAGUUGGUGCCAGGUCUGUUUGUCCCUCGUAACCUGCCCUAAUCCUUAUGACAAUGGUGAGCAUUUUUCUCCUCGAGGAUUUUCUCUCUCCCUUCCUUAAGCAUGCUGCACCUGGCUUCUGUUUGUGACCUGCAGAUUGAACUCCAGUAAGGAACCUGGAAAGGAUUGAGCAAAUACUUGAAUUAUAUUUCUAAAGCAAGUGCUGCUUUGGCAGGUAAUUUGCCUGGAAAAUUAGAAAUGGUGCCAAAUUUGAUGCUUUUGACAAUAUUAGCUUGGGAACAGCACCCUCAAAGUUGGAUAUCUCCUUUUUCACCUUGUGAAUUUGUUCCCUAUAUUUAUAAAGAGUUCAGUUCACCCCUACGCUUCUGGUUCUGGGUCAUUUUUGGACAUUAGGCAUAUGCCUGGACUCCAAACUUCAUAGGAUUGAGCUGCCAUCGCCUUAACUUGGUGCUUUUUUUUUUUUUAUAUAUAUAUAUAUAUAUAUUAUUUGAUACAUUGAAACAAGUGAUAUUUAAACGAUGUCAUAUUUUAUUUUUUUACAUGUAAAUUAGUUACCAUAUAGUUGAUCUCCA